AUGGAGGACGUCGAUAUUGCCCCAGAAUCUCUCUUUCGCCCUGCGAAGCGACGCAAGUUCAUUCGACGACGACCAGAUGAAGACGCCGAAGAGACAGAGACCAGUCGCGACAUAACGACCACAACUAGUACAACGGACCAGAAACACGUAUCAGAUGGCCAGUCCAAGCUGAACGAAGACGACGACGAAUCUACACAAUCCACUGGUGUUGUCCGUUUGCGACGCCCCAAUCCUGCUCGAAAAGGAGGAAUUGGAUUCUCUGCCACAUCGCGACCCGGUCAAAAUUCAAACCGACAAUCUGCCCUGGUGCCAUCGAGGGAAUCCGAGAAAGAGAGCAUACGCGAUAUGACCGACAGAUUCACUGGGAAUGCUGGUCCGACAGUGGAUGUAGAUAAGCACAUGAUGGCCUAUAUAGAUUCCGAAAUGGCUAAACGAUACCGACACAGCCCGUUACCAGAGGACGAAGAAAAACAACCAAUCUCGCAGCAACUCUCCGAAAAACCAACAGCACCAGGACAAGCACAACCAGAGCGCGAGCCCGCUUCACUGGGCAGAUUACAUGAAAUCGACCUUGGCCAAGAGCCCAAACUGCGUAACAUUGAGCGCACUGAAGUAGCAACACGAGGUUUCGGCUUUGGAGAAUCACAAACAGAUCGCGAUCGGCCCGGUCCAGCAGAAGACUCUGGCAAGUCCAGGCGAAAUCGCAGACGUACCAGCGCCGAUAUCGAACGAGACCGACUUGUGGAGGAAGUGCUACGUGAGAGCAAGCAAUCUAUUCUAACCAUGGUCUCCUUCACAGUGGACGUCUACGACGAACCCGAAGACGAACCGAAUCUCGACGACCAAGCAGCCGACGACCGGAUCGCAGAGCAAUUCCGGCGCGACUUUAUGGAUGCGAUUCAGUCGAGACGUCGGGCUCGUACGAAUACAAAGCCGGCGACUACCAGCGGCGGUAGUGGUAGUAAGGUGGAACCGCCUAAGGGACCGAAGCUUGGGGGUAGUCGGAGUGCGAGAGCUGCGAUGCGUGAAAUGCAGAGUAAAAAGUGA